GUUAGAUAAACAUGAUGAUGACAUUAAUUGUCAUGGCAUUUCUUAUUUGUCAUGCUGCUGCAAGUGAAAACAUUCUAACAAGAUUUAAACACCUGAAAUCAAAAACAUCAAAACGAGACCAGGUUGUUGCUGUACAGGAGUUAAUUCAACGGCUGAUUCCAAAACAUGCAAAUGGUUUUGUUGUAACUCUUAAUGCUUCAUAUUUUGAACUCAAAAACAACUUGGAUGCAUUUGAGUUUAAAAGCUUGAAUGGUGAAAUGAUUUUGAUUACUGCAACGUCAGGCGUGGCCGCUGCGGCUGGUUUUUAUCAUUAUUUAAAAUAUUGGUGCAACUGUCAUGUCUCAUGGAGUGGAGAUCAGCUUAAUAUGCCAAGCGUAUUACCAAGUGUUUCCCAGCCUGUUACAAAAUAUUUUCAAGAAAGGUUUCGGUACUAUCAAAAUGUUUGUACUGUAAGUUACUCAAUGGCUUUUUGGAACUGGUCUCGAUGGGAAAGAGAAAUUGAUUGGAUGGCAUUAAAUGGAAUAAAUCUCCCUUUGGCUUUUACAGCACAAGAAACAGUAUGGCAGAAAGUUUACAUUGAACUUGGUUUGACACAGGAAGAAUUAGAUGUCCAUUUUGCAGGACCAGCUUUUCUUGCAUGGCAAAGAAUGGGUAACAUUGAAGGUUGGGGAGGUCCUUUACCUGCUUCGUGGUACCAGCAACAAAUGGCCUUGCAACAAAACAUUUUAAAACGGAUGAGAAGUUUUGGUAUGAUACCUGUAUUACCUGCAUUUGCUGGUCAUAUUCCAAGACCACUUAUUAAUCGCUUGUAUCCUACUUCAAAGUAUUAUAAACUUGGUUCAUGGAAUGGCUUCAGCGAUCAAUACAGUAGCACUUAUCUUCUCGAUCCCCAAGAUCCUCUAUUUCACAGGGUCGGUACAAUGUUUAUAAAAGCUCAACAAGAAAUAUACAAUGGGACCGAUCAUAUUUACAACGCAGAUGUAUUUAACGAAAUGAAACCACCAAAACUAACAACUGAUUUUAUGUCCAAAACAAGCAAAGCAAUUUUUCAAUCAAUGUUAUCUGGUGACCCAAAUGCAGUAUGGUUGAUGCAAGGUUGGGUGUUUUUGGAUAGUGCUUGGACUCCUGACCUGAUGAAGGCAUGGUUUGAUGCCAUACCGGUUGGAAAGUUAGUUUUGCUGGAUCUGGCUUCAGACACUAGUCCUAUAUACAUCAGAACUGGUGGUUAUUAUGGACAUCCCUUUAUUUGGAAUAUGCUUGAAAAUUUUGGUGGCACAACCAGAUUGUACGGAAAGUUUCCAUACUACAUCAAUGGUGUAUUAUCUGCUCGAAAACAAUUUGGCAACUACAUGAUUGGAACUGGUAUGACACCCGAAGGUAUCGAACAGAACGAUGUUAAUUUUAAAAUUAUGAAUGAAAUGGCAUGGCGAAAUUCGGAUGUCAAUAUAACCGAAUGGAUUAAACAGUAUGCACUUAGAAGAUACGGUGUCGUGAAUGAUCAUAUUAUUAAUGGUUGGAAGAUUCUGUUGGAAACUGUGUACAAUUGUAAAGAUGAUCAUGGAAAUGGAUUUGCUGGAAUUACUGUGUUAAAGCCUUUUCUUAAACAUAAAGUGCAGUUUCCAAUGUGGUAUGAUCCAAAAAUACUGAUGAAAGGAUGGAGUGAAAUGGUUGUUGGUAGUGAAAGCAUUGAUAUUAAUGACACUUUUAGGUAUGAUCUUGUGAAACUUGGCACCCAAGUAUUGGAAGAUGUCAGCAUGACCAUGUACACGAAGUUGAUAGACUCUUAUGAUCAAAAAAACAGUUCUGGAGUACUUCUUUGGGGUAGUCUGUUGUAUGAUCUGUUAAUCGAUAUGGAUACUUUGUUGAAUACAGAUCGCUUCUCUUUACUCGGGAAUUGGAUCGAGUCUGCAAAAAUUUUAGGAGUCAAUGAUGAUGAAAAGAAAAUUUUAGAAUUUAAUGCAAGAAAUCAAAUCACGUUAUGGGGUCCAAAUGGAGAAAUUACAGACUAUGCAAAUAAAAAUUGGGCAGGUUUGGUGAAAUCGUAUUAUGCGCAAAGAUGGAAAAUGUUUGUGUAUGAUUUACAGGAUUGCGUAAUACAUGGCCGAGUUUUUAACCAGACGCAUUUUGAUGUUGGUCUAUUGAAAUUCGAGAAAGAAUGGAAUAAUGAUCAAACUCAAUUUCCAACGAAGCCAAGUGGUGAUGCAAAAGAAUUAUCUAUUGCUUUUGUUGUAAAAUAUUCACAAUAUAUGCAAGCCUUUGAUCACCAUGGAUUUGCUAUGAAAGGAAAACAUUUUAAUCCAUUGCGAAAAUAUAAGAUUAAUCAAAUUGUGAUUUAAACACGACAUUGUUGCUAACCACGUUCACAUGUUACAGAUAGAUAAAAACAUUUGUUUUAAAAUUGUGUACAGGCAAACUAGAAGAAUUCAAAUAUGAAAUUCAAUAUCUAUCUACAACAUGUAAACACGGUCAUUUUGUAAGAAAAAGAACACAGCUAAAAAAAUCAGUAGUGACCAUUUUAAAAGUUGAGUUUUUCAUAGUCCUGCAAAAAUAUAUAUGGUUUCUAUAAUAUGUGUAAUAAUAUAACAGGUAAUAAGAAACUUUCAUUAAGUGAUUCCUAAUAAUAUGCUCAUAGUUUCUUGACAAAGUAAACUUUAGUAACAUUUAUUUCUGUCAGUCAGUUUUUAUUGUACUGCAUAGAAAUUGGUUUAUUGUUUUUGCAUUUUCAAAAAAUAUAGAAAAUAUUUUGUAGUUGGUCUGAAAAUUAACUGAAAUUUACAGUAGGAUGAUUUCAUUCCAGCAUUUUUUUAAGAAAGUAUUGUAAUUUUGCAUUUUGUAAUUAGUAUUAUUUAAUUUUUUGCCCUUGGUUAACUUAAAGAAAAUACUGUCACAUCAGUAGUUUAGAAGACGUAACAAAAAAGGAGCUUGUAGACCGCCUCCUUUCUUUUUCCCUCUCUCCUAUUAGAACCUCAGUGAAAGUUCAUUGUUAGCAUUUUCUUGAAUGUCUAAGAUUAUGAGGUAUUUUUAAUGUAAUUGGAGUACAGAAUGUUUUAUGAACUGAAAUCUACCCAUUUGCAAAGUUUUGCAAUUAAAUAAUAUAAACUUGCAAAUAAGUCGUGUUAAAAGAUUUCACAAACACAAACUUUCAUGAACUGAUGAUGCUUUUUAAGAAACGUCUUGUUUUGGAAUGAAAUUGAAUUGCGAAACUUUCUGCAUUUAACGAGGAUAUUUUGCAAUGUUAUGUAAAUUUUGGCGUUUUUGUAUUUUCAAUUUUUUCAAUUAACUAAUUUGUUAUUUAUUUUGUUGCAUUUAUCAGUAAUGCAAUUUAUAUGUGGGAUUUUAAUGUUUGUUUUUGUUUCUUUUAAGAGUAUGUCUCAUGAUUAAUUUGAAAAAUUGCAUUGAUUUUGUUGGAA